CUUGAGGUAGAGAGAGGCAGGAGGAUCUGCCAGUCCAGCUACAUGAGAUCCUGGCUCUACAAAGUCCUGCCCACCUCUUCCCUGCCACCUAGUUCCAUGGCCCAAACUCUGACCUGGGCUCCUGUCGACUCCUCAAGUAACACAGCACUUGUAGGCCUCAAUUCCCCUCCCAAGCCAUUCAACAUUCAGGCCAGAAAGCUGGGCCCUUUGCAGGGGUCUCUUUACUUCUAUCCCAGCCCCAAGCCUGAGAGCCUGUGUACUUCCUCCUCCCCAAACCUCCCAGACGAGGUCCUCCUGGAAGCACAUCUUGUAACCAGAACUGACAGCCCCGCCCCCUCCCUACCUCACCAGGAAGGCAUCAGGGACUGAAGAGCCUCCCAGGACAGGCAGUCUCCUCCCAGCAGCACUAGUCAGGAAGCAUCACCAUAGCAACCCUAGCAGCAAACAAUGGUACCAGAGAGGGCUUUUCCCAAAGCCUCCCCUCCUGGCUCUGUGGCUCAGAGGAAGAAUGGCCAGCAGCAGGGGAAGAUCCCUCCAAAUGCCAGGCGUGGACGAUGUGCCUCAUGUCAGGGAGCCUUUCCUACAGAUGGUCCAUGCCAGAGAAUCCUACCCCACCGACCAGACUUGGACUCAGCGUGAGUUCCUCCUCCCCAGAGAGGCCAGAGACUUGCCAGGCUUCACCCAGCAACCCUACCACAAGCUGGCCCUGAAGCAGCCACCAUACACAGAGAUGAAGUCUAAGGUUUAUCACCAGGCACGCUAUCCUUGGAAGGAUGAAACCAAGCACACCUGGGGCUUUCACACAUGGCUCGAUGUGGGGCGUCUGCCUGCCACCUUCCCCACCAGGCCAGACAUACCCUAUGACAGUAAUGUCUGGCGCUGGUUGACCCAUUCCAAUGGACACCGUCUCCCUGCUGCACAACCUGCCAUUCCUCCGCCCUCCUGGAUGGGCCCACACAGCUUCCUGACCUUCAUCAGCGCUACCCCCAUCUUCACGGACGUGAACAGAGAGAACCAAGUGAUUCUGAGAGCCGUGAGAGAACUGAAGGAGGUGGAGAGACUCAAGCUGAGGAGCGAACUGAGGGCCCCUCCACUCGAUGCCCACGGCAAUAUUCUGCCCCCACCAAACUUCAAGAAGUCUCAGUUCAUCUCUGAUGGCGGAAGGCUUGAGCCUUGGGGUCUCCAGAUCCUACCCAACCCACUUCCCAAUAAUUUCACCAAGAACUGGCCCUGCCCAAACCCACAGCCGCACUACCAGGAGAAGGUGCUGAAACUGGCUCGGCUGCCCUGUGUGCCCCUGAGCGAAGACCUGGUGAGGGACUACCAAACCCUGAUAGAGAACCGGGUUGCCAUGCCCCUCUACCACCUGUCCAAGGCAAGACCUGCCAACACAUCAGCCAGAAAGAGGAAAAGAAGCCCUGGAUAUGUCUAAAAGAGCCUCCCGGUGGGAGGAGGCCAGAGUGGGCCUCAGGAUACAUAGCCUAGCCUGCUUCAGCAAGAAGCCUCAGGAGGCUGAGGACUCCAGCUUCUAAAGAAUAACCUGCCAUUUUCCAGCCUCAUACCACCUCUGUUUCAGGUUUCUGGAGACAUGGCUGAAGCUCUGAAUUGUUCUCUGUUUUCCUUGGCAGACUCAUAGUAGUAUGGGAAGAUUAGGGAAGAGAGAAGGGGUAAGACAGCUAGAAUUUCUGUAGGCUCCAGCUCUUAAGGUUAGAAUAAGGAGUGGUGAGGUGUGGUGUGUGUGUGUAUGUGUGUGUGUGUGUAUACUGGGGUAAGGAAGAGGUAUGGUAAGAAAUGUGGGUAAGGAAUUGCAGGUUGGGAAUAUAGCUCAGUGGUAGGGCCCCAUCACACAUACAAAAAAAAAAGUUGUCUCUACACUCAGAACCAAUACACAACGACACUAGGAUUGGUUAGCGGACAGAAAACUUCCUAGGCAGCCGGGCACUGGUGGCACACAGAGGGCUCCCUGCAGAAUUUGGUCACAGGCAGUGCUGGAGACUCAAGCCUGAGGAAGGCAGCUGUUCCUCAGCGGGGCAAGAGCGGAACAAGGAGACUCCAGGUGUAGGAGGCACUGAGGCCCUUGUGCUCACGGAGAAGCACUGAGGGAACCAGGAAUGUUAAACACACAGGCUUGGCUCUUCAAGGGGAAAAACAAAUAACCCAUUUUCCACCCAGAGGGCUGCUGGUUAAUAGCCUUGUGACCUUUGUGCUAUCUGUGUGGCUGAGACCACACCGGCUCCUCCCCAGACCCUUACAACGAGCUUGUUUUUCUCAGUUAAUCCAUGGAACCCAUCUUCAUGGAAGAAGAUGUCACUUGUGCUUUACAAAGAGUUUUGAUGUAAUUUUGUCUUGAGCUUUAUUGUUCACAGGGAUUUAGUUACCAGAAAAAAUGACAACAAAUUGUGCUGUGAUUAAAUAUACCUAAAAUAAACUACUCGGGGUCAGGAUCCCGAAGUUUGAAUCAACACCAGCUACUGCGUUGUGCUGAACCAAACUACCUUCCAAGACAUAACAAAACAACACAGAACAAAAAUGCACAAGAGGCUAAAGAGGUGGCUCAGUAGUUAAGAAUGCUGACGAUUCUUACAGAGGACUCAGGUUCACUUUCUAAGCACUAAGGAUGGUAGCUGACAACUGUUUUCACUGCAGUUCUAGGGGAUCUGACACU